UACGACGACGAUCAUCUGCCUCGGCGCUCUGCCUAUUGUAUUAGGGUUGGAGUGGCCUCGUUGUCGCCGCACGCAGGACCCAGGUGACCACAGACUUGCUCUCCACACAGCACCUACCUGAAGUUCCGUUUCAUUUCUACCGUUCACAUGUCUCACCAGCGAACUACUCAGCUGCACAAGCGAUUCAACGAUAUCAUACAUGGCAACGUUAAACUUGAGCAGGGCUCGAAUGCUUGUCGUUUGUUCUUAGAGGGUUUAUGUGCACAGGCUGACCCAGCCAAGUGCGCAAGCGACAUCGUCGCCAAUCCCCAUGGCCUUCCCGCAGUCCAGCAGGCUAUGCGCUCCGACCUUAGGCCAAACUUCCUAAACGGUCUUGCCUCGGAUGUGCUCGAGUUCCUUCUUCGUGCCGAAAUGGGCGGCGACGUGUUGAACAACGUGAUCGUCAGCAUCGUCGACCCGCCCAUUUUCUGGAACGAGUUUCACAGGGCUUUCGAGAAUGGGACUCUGAACCCGCGGGCUCAGCACGUUUUCGCGAAAUCUCUUUCUUAUCUCCUCCAAAUGGCCAACAGAGACACGACCACUUACCGCCAGCUCGCCAGUCGUCCUUCCAUACUCGACAAGAUCAUCAACUCUGAUCAACACGAGCUUAGAUCAGAGGGAUAUCUCAUCAAACACAUUCUUUCUGUCGCUAACACGGCUUCGACCAAUACUGCUGAUCCUGAUUUCGUCCCCGGCGGGCGUCAUGAUAACGAUUUUACUGAUUUCCGCAAGAUCGCUAUUCUUCCUACCGCAGAUGAGUUAUCCAGCAACAAGAAACCUGCGCUACGGCCUGCUUCCCUUCUUGAAGAUCCGGAAGGAAAGGAGACGCGCGUCGCAGACUACCUGGACAACAUGUUCCGUUUAUUACGGGACGACAUGAUGCAUGAGCUAAAAGAGGAAAUCGACAUUGCCCUGAAAAAGAAGCAGGGGAGACAUCGUGGGCUGGUUAUUGAUGGGGUCAAGAUGGUGAACAUCUACACCAGCCCUGAAAACCGGAAAUUUCAUUGGGGUCUCAUGCUCCAAUGCGAUUCCGACCUCCCCAUACUCAAGAAUGUUAAGGAGAAGGACAGGAAACAAUUCUUCCUCGACGAUCACCGUGGAUCAAGAAUGCUUCGCCAUCAAUCCUUGGCAUGUCUCAUCGGGGACGGCGCUAUUCUUAGCCUUGGCACCAUCCACCGCGAGGAAGACUUGUUGGCGAAAAAGCCGCCUAUCAUCGUCUUCCAGAUCGAAGCACAAGUUAGCCUUUCGAGGGCACUUUUGCAGCUCAAGACAACCGAACAUCUUCGUUUGAUACAGAUUGACUGUGCCGUCUUCGCCUUCGAGCCUGUGCUGAAAGCACUCCAGAAAAUGCCAGUUUUGCCGCUCUCGGAAGAAAUUUUGUUUUGGGAAGAUGGGAAGGAGAUCCCGAGUCCCCCUAUCGUUGUUACACAAAUCACCGAACCGCUUAGUCGUAAACCCUCGAUGGACCUCAAGCCAUUACUUCACACACCGAACUCCAUCAUUCUUGACCCAUCGCAAGUUUUCUCCCUUCUUGCGGGGCUUAAACAGAGAUUAUCGUUAAUUCAAGGCCCACCGGGCACUGGAAAAUCGUUCAUCGGUGCACUUCUAGCUAAGGCACUGCAUAUGUUUACCGUGCAGACUAUCCUCGUGGUGUGCUACACGAACCACGCCCUUGAUCAAUUCCUCGAGGACCUUAUAGGCAUAGGUAUUCCGAGAACGGACAUUGUUCGUUUCGGUGGCCGCGCAAAGUCAGCGCUUGAAGACCUCAGCGUUUUCAAACUCCAGAGGGACAGGGUUGUUCGCUCAAAGGCUGACUGGGCACUCAUCGACCAGGCGAAGACGCAAGCAAGUCACCACCUUUGUCACCUCCAAGACUCGUUUGAUACUCUGAAGUCAUUUCAGCCAAGUCCCGAGGCUUUACUAGACUACAUCGAGUUCGAGGAUCUUGAAUUCUUUGAAGCAUUCCGUGUCCCUGAUCCGGAAGACGGAAUGACAUUCAUGGGGCCUAAUGGAAAGGCGGUGGAUAGAACUUUCCUCGUUUCUCGAUGGAUGCAAGGCAAGGACGCCUGGAUGUUCAAGAAUGCGCGUCACAUACAAGCCGCGCAUCAAAUCUGGAAUAUGGACAAGAACCGCCGUCAGUUGAAGGUAGAGGGUUGGAAGUCAGACAUAUUCAAACAGGUGGUGGAGGAUUUCUGCGCGGCAGGCGAACAGUAUAAUUACUACCAGGAUGACUUGUCGCGCAAAUUCGGACAAUCCCUCGUUGAACAACUGAGGACUAAGAGGAUUAUUGGGUGUACGACGACAGGUGCCGCAAAGUUCGCGGAGGAUAUCAGGGCUGCAUCUCCGAACGUGUUGCUUGUCGAAGAAGCCGGUGAAAUCCUCGAGAGUCAUGUCGUCACCGCUCUGAGUCGCAGCACUUCCCAAAUGAUUCUCAUUGGGGACCACAAGCAAUUGCGACCUAAAGUCAAUAAUUAUACUCUGACGAUCGAAAAAGGCGAGGGCUACGACCUCAACAGAUCGUUGUUCGAGCGACUAGUGCUAAAAGGGUUCCCUCACGUUACGCUCUCUGCUCAACACCGCAUGCGUCCAGAGAUAUCAACUUUGAUUCGUGCACUCACAUAUCCAGACCUCAAAGAUGCGCCUAAAACACAAAACAGGGACAACAUUCGCGGGGUUCAAAGCAAUGUCAUUUUCGUGAACCACGGCCAUCCGGAAGAUGAGGAUAAGCGCAUAACUGAUAGAGCAGAUGGGGGCUCAACGUCAUCGAAACAGAAUACGUAUGAAGUAAAGAUGGUUCUCCGCAUCGUACGGUAUCUCGCGCAGCAAGGCUAUGGGAGCGACAACAUCGUUAUCUUAACCCCAUACCUUGGUCAAUUAUCAAAUCUUCGCGAUGCCCUCAAGAACGAAACGGAUCCUAUUUUGAAUGAUUUGGACUCAAAUGACCUUAACCGAGCGGGGCUACUAAUGAAUGCGAACACACAGAAAAAGAAAACACGUAUUCGACUGGCUACGAUUGAUAAUUAUCAGGGCGAGGAGAGUGACAUUGUGGUGGCAAGUCUUUGUCGAUCAAACACGUCCAAUUCCAUCGGUUUCAUGGACUCGCCUGAGCGUCUCAACGUGCUUAUCUCAAGAGCACGCAACGGCCUGAUCCUCAUCGGAAACUCGGCCACAUUCGAGCGUUCCAAGAAGGGGGGAAAACUUUGGACUGACUUGAUGAAUCUUUUGCGGAACGGCGGAUAUGUGUUCAGAGGUUUUCCUGUCAGGUGCGAGAAACAUCCGAAGACGACGCGCGAGAUAGAACAACCGGACGAUUUUGAUGCUUACACUCCCGAUGGGGGUUGCACAGAGCCUUGUGGGAUAAUGCUAAAGUGCAAUCUCCACCUUUGUGCUCUGAAAUGUCAUCCCGUCCGGGUGGCCCCUAACCAACCUAACAUUCACGCUACCAUGUUGUGCAAAGCACCGUUUAGCGACAAGUGUCCAGUUGGCGCUCAUACAAUUACAUGGAAAUGCCACGAAGGACGUCCAUCCAACUGCAAGCAGUGCGACAAGGAGAUGAAGCGACUCGAACGACAGGCAAAGCGCGACCUCGAAGCGAAGGAACAGCGCGAGGCCGCGGAACGCGAACAUGAUCUCCGGAUGUUAGAACUUGAAGCGAAGCUACAGUUCGAGAGGGAAGCUUUGGUGGAGUUACAGAAGGCCAAAGAUAGAGAGAAUGAAGCGCGCCAGAAGGAAAAGGAGAUUGAAGACUUGAAGCAGAAGGUCAAGCGUGCAGCUGCUAGACGUGACCCCAAAGCGCAAGCGGGCCCUUCUCAGUCUCAGUCAAAUCCUCCUAGUCGUCCACGUACACCUCAAGACCAGUCCUCCGGAAACGGCCAACCUGCUAAUCAAAAUAUUCCACGACCCAAAAUGGAGUCUGCUGCGAGAGAUAAGUGGGAAUACCAGAAGCGGGUUGAAGGGGUACAAAACGAUGCCAUCGAUAAGAUCAUGGACAUGACCGGACUGGAGGGAGUGAAAGAACAGGUGCUACGCAUUAAGGCAAAGAUCGACACCACGAAGCGUCAAGGGGUAGCCUUAGACAAAGAGAGGUUCAACCUCGUCUUACUCGGGAAUCCCGGUACAGGGAAAACUACUGUUGCAAGGCUAUAUGCACAAUUCCUGGAGUCCGUUCGGGUCCUUCCUGGAGACGCCUUCCUGGAAACCACAGGUUCAUCCCUUGCAAAUGACGGUGUUUCAGGAGCGAAAAAGCUCGUUGAUGAUGCCCUUAAGGCGGGCGGUGGCGCGAUCUUCAUCGACGAAGCAUAUCAACUUGUCAGCGAUUACGAUCAGUCUGGUCGGCCAGUGCUGGACUUCCUCCUCGCAGAAAUGGAGAAUCGGGUUGGAACGCUAGUUUUCAUCCUUGCGGGAUACACCAAGGAGAUGGAGAAGUUCUUCGAGCACAAUCCAGGCAUACCCAGUCGUGUUCCCUACAGCCUCCAAUUCGCAGACUAUACGGACAAGGAGCUCCUUACCAUGCUCGAAGAUCUAGUCCUUAAGCGGUAUAAAGGUCGGAUGCAGGUCGAGGACGGUGUGCGUGGACUCUACGCACGAAUUGCAGUCAAACGACUUGGUCGGGGAAGAGGGCGGCCGGGGUUCGGAAACGCACGUGCACUGCAGAACAUGUUUGCGAAGAUAUGUGAGCGGCAGGCUGAGCGGGUCCAGAAAGCACGCACAUCUGGCACGCCGGCAGACGACUUCUUCAUGUCUAAGGAGGACCUAAUCGGCCCCGAUCCAUCCAAGGUUCUUCCCAAUAGUGCUGCAUGGGCGAAGUUACAAACCCUCAUAGGCCUCGAGUCUGUGAAAGAAUCGGUCCGCAACUUCUUCGCCCUUAUAGAGACGAACUAUCAGAGAGAACUGGACGAGAAGGAACCAAUGGCGAUGUCCCUCAACAGGGUGUUCCUUGGAUCUCCCGGUACUGGAAAGACGACCGUGGCACAGUUGUAUGGCAAAAUUCUUGCAGAGCUGGGUCUCUUGAGCAACGGCGAAGUGGUGGUAAAGAACCCGGCAGAUUUUGUUGGGGCAUACCUUGGACAUUCCGAGAAGAAUACCAAAGCCAUCCUUAGCAGUACCAUGGGAAAGGUGCUUGUUAUAGAUGAGGCGUACAUGCUGUAUAGCAAGAAUGCGGGCCAAGAUCAGUUCAAAUCAUCUGUCAUUGACGCAAUGGUCGCAGAGAUUCAAAGCGUCCCAGGAGAAGACCGUUGUGUCCUGCUACUUGGAUACAAGGAACAAAUGGAAGAGAUGUUCCAGAAUGUCAACCCUGGACUCGCACGCCGCUUUGCCAUAGAAAAUGCUUUCACCUUUGAGGACUUUUCCGAGCUUCAACUGGCGCAAGUCCUAGAUCUCAAGCUUAAAGGCCAAGACCUCUCUGCUACCGAUGAUGCGAAACGUGUGGCACGAGACCUCCUCAGCCGGAUGAAAAAUAGGCCUAAUUUCGGAAACGCUGGUGAGGUGGAGAAUCUACUAGGCUUGGCCAAAGCUCGGUAUCAGAAACGCAUGGCAACAAUCCCAGCAGCACGGAGAGCACAGGUCACCUUCGAACCUCAAGACUUUGAUCCUGAUUAUAAGAGAGAUCAGAACGCAUCUGGCAAUCUAGCCAAAUUGUUCGAAGAUGUUGUGGGGUGCAAUGACAUCAUCAAGAAGCUGGAAGACUACCAGAAAAUUGCACGUGCGAUGAAGGCCCAGGGAUUGGAUAUGCGGACUCAGAUACCCAGCAAUUUCAUCUUCAAGGGGCCUCCUGGUACGGGAAAGACAAGUACAGCCAGGAAACUCGGUCAAGUGUACUACGACAUGGGGUUCCUGUCUUCGACAGAUGUGAUAGAGUGCUCCGCAUCAGACCUCGUUGGUCAGUAUAUCGGACACACCGGCCCAAAGACAAAGGGGGUCUUUGAAAAGGCUCUCGGAAAGGUUCUCUUUGUUGACGAGGCCUACCGCCUGAGUGAAGGGCACUUCGCAAAGGAAGCCAUGGACGAAAUUGUUGGGCUGAUGACACAAGAGAGGUACAUGAACAGGCUUAUCAUCAUCCUUGCCGGCUACGAAGAUGAGAUGAAUGCACUUCUACAAGUAAACCCAGGACUAUCUAGUCGCUUCGCCGAAGAAAUCGUCUUCCAGAACAUGACUCCCGAUCAAUGCUUGACGCUCUUGGACAAGGAUCUACGCAAGAAUGGCAUUACCAUUGCCGAGCUCAAGGAUCCAUCGUCAGCCGAGUAUCCCACAAUGAGCGGUAUUAUCAAGGGCAUGUCGUCUUUGCCUUCGUGGGGGAAUGCUCGAGAUAUAAAAACGAUCGGAAAGCGAAUGAUACGGAAAGCGUUCUCCAAUGCUGAAAAUAACCUGGAUCAGCCAGCGUCUCUGUCCAUCAAUGAGGCGGUUUCCAUCCUGAAAGCAACCUGGGAGGAAAAGCAGAACCGGCAGAAUACGCCUCGCCCUGGUAAUCUUAGGAAGAAUUCCCCAAUGCCUCCGAUGGCGAGCAUGAGUGGUCGUGCACCACCACCACCACCACCACCACCACCACCACCUACAUCUUCGAGUACGAGCAUGUCAACUCAAGGGCCAAAGCCCCCUCCGCCGCCCCCACGACAACAGGAGUCCAAAGGUCGAGCAUCCAGACCUCCCCCCAACCAGAAAAAACCGAAGCAGCCGGGCACAACCCCAGACGUGUCUACCCGUGCUUCAUCGCCCGCACCCUCUCAGCCCGAGACUACCCACAACCAUAGCCAGAAACAAAGCCGAUCCAACAGACACGCCGCCACCAAAAAUGACACAGGGCCAUCAUCAGACUGCGUCCGCCGUGACCCUGGUGUAUCUGAUCGAGUAUGGGCUCAGCUCCAAGCUGCCAAAGCCGCCGAAGAGGAACGGAAGCAGCAGGCAAUGGAAGAGCAAAGGCGUCUUCAGCAGGAUCUUGCACGUGCACAGAGAAAGGAGCGGUUGGCAGAGAUCCGAAGGAAAGCACUCGAAGAGGAACGUGCGAAAAUGGCCGAGCAAGUCAGAUUGGCCGAGGAGGCGAGACGACGUGAGGCAGCAGUACGAGCUGCAAGAGACAGAGCUGCCGCAGAACUGAAAAGAAAGCAGGAGGAAGAGGAGAGAAGGCGGAGAGAAGAAAUGGCCAGGAAACUGGCAGAGAUAGAGAGACAGGCUGCUGAGGCGAGGAGGCGCGAACAAGAGGUGAAGGCUGCGAGAGAGAGAGCGGCAGAAGAGCUCAAGAGAAAACAACAGGAAGAAGCUCAGAGGCAGAAGAAGGUGGAGGAAGCGCAGAAGCGCUUGAGAAGCAUGGGAAUUUGCCCAGCAGGAUUUCAGUGGAUCCAUGUGGGCUCGGGGUGGAGAUGUUCGGCCGGUGGACAUUUCAUCUCGGACGCACAAUUGGGUAUGUCAGGUUUCUAGACUGCCUGUGACCUCACCCGUUCCUUUCGCACUGGGUUGCCUUAACGACCCGCCGAAUGUCCUAUAACAUGUUUUUGCGCAACCGGCUGGAAAAUUACGGUACAUAUGUAUAUGAUCACUGACCGCCCGACCGUGCCCACUGGAUGAUAUUAUACAAUGUUCUCUGUUGGCCUUGCUCGAUUGAUUCUGUUCUCUCCGCACAAGUGAAGGUACACG